AUGUCACCAUCCCAAGACCCGAGCGUCUCAGGGCAGGGAGGCUCCGGUCCUCGGGGCAAGGUCACUUCUUUGCCGCAAUCCGACUCCUCGAAAGUUGAGGUCGAUGCAAGGAUAGAAUAUGCAGCAGAACAGGGGCGGCUUCAGGAAAUGAAGAGCUACCUGAGAGAGCUCACAGAAGCAUACGAUCUUCCCCCUGCACUCGUGGAGCAUCCGUCAGAUGAAGAGUCCGGGACAACACUCAAGACCAUCGACGCACUCUUCAAGGACUUUGCUUCGAGGUUGUCCAAAGAGUGCCGUGACAAAGAAACCAAUCUGCAAAGUACGCAGGCCAAACUUGACAUGUCAACAUCGGCACAAGCGACGCUCGAAAGGGAGAAGUUGGCCCUGGAAGAGGCCACUAAGAUGAAGGACGCCAAGUUGGAAGAGCUCGAAUCCAUCGCCAAACAGGCGCACGAGUCCGACAUCAAAGAUCUCAGAGCCCAAGUCGAGAGCUGCGCGACUGAGCGAGAUGAGGCAACCUCGGAGCUGAGAGAACUUCGACAGAAGUUGGAAGAAGCUGAGAGCGAACGCAACGAAAAAGAAAUAUCGAUGCAGAAGCUCAACUACGCGUUGGAGGAAGCCCGUCAGAGCAACCGCCAGGCUGCCCCAUCUGUCGACGUGGAAACCUUGAGAACCAUGAUCUCCGAUCUGCGCGAGGAGCUCAGAGGUUUGAAUAGAGACAAUGCAGACCUAGAGAGGCAAGCCGAGAUAACGACAGCAGCUCAGAAACAAAAGGACGACGAAAUCACCGCACAGAUGAGGCACCAAGAUGAAUACCUCCUUAGAAUGCAAACCGAGAACGAGAAGGACAAGAGGGUCAUCGAAGCGCUCCAGCACGAGAAGGAUGAGCAACUGCGAAAAUUCUCCGAGGCCGAAGCGGAACGACAGCCCGUCACCUUCCGGGUGGACAACGAAAUCUUGCCGCGAGAGAAGUACGAAAAGCUUCUCGACAACGUGAGAGGCGACAUGGCAAAGAUGCGAGAGCAACUGCAACAGGCCGAGGAGGAACGUGAUAGGGCUAUAGAGGAUUUUGACGGGGCUCGAAAGAUGGUCAUGGAGGAGUUCGUUCCCCUUUACGCCCUCGCCGUGGACGAGGCCGCCCACAACAUGUUCAACAUCUGGGAGGCCGAGGAGGCCAGUCUCAAGGCCCUGGUUGGAAAAGGCGAGUACCGCAGGUACCUCCACGCCGUCGUCAUGCCUGAUCGUCAGCCAUCCCAGACUUCAUCGGAAGGGUUCGUCGCGCGAGGGGAGACGGCCACCGGCCUCGGGUUAGACUGCUCUCAGGCGUCGGAGCCCAUGAGCCUGUCUGUGCGACAGAAUCUCGCAGACGAGUUCCAUGAACUCGACAGGGAAUCCUCCGCAGGUUCCGAAUGCACUCUGAUGGGCCGGGGAGACGGUUCUGCGGAGCUUUUCAAGAUGCUGGACGAGUGCCGGACCCGUCGCGAGGAAGCGGAGCAGAGAGUCGAGGAAUUGGAAGGCGAGACGAAGAAGCAGCAAGACGAGAUUCAGAAGCUGAAGGAGGCCGCCGAGGUCGUCAAGCCCAGCGUAGACGAUUCCGCUAAGCUGCAGAAGGCGCUGGAUGAGUGCCAAAUCCGUCGCGAGGAAGCAGACCAGAGACUCAAAGAGUUGGAGGGAGAGACGAAGAAACAGAAAGACGAAAUUAACAAGUUACAAGACGAGAUCCAGAGACUGAAGGAGGUCGCUGAGACUGGCAGAAAGGCUUCCGCCAAACUGGGUGAGACGCUGGACGAAUGCCAAAGACAACGCAACAAAGCCGACAUAAGACUUGAAGAACUGGAUGGAGAGACGAAGAAGCAGAAAGACAAAAUCAAAGAGUUGCAAGACGAGAUCCACAAACUGAAGGAGGCCGCCGUCACCGCCGAGACCAGCAAAGCCUCCGGUGAGGAACCCGACGCAUCGGAGUGCAGGGCUCAGACACCGACGCAGGACGCCGCCAAGCGGGACGAACAACGACUUCAGGGCGCCUCAGCAGUCGAGCCGCGAGACAUGCAAGCCGAUCUUAGGGAAUGCCAGGCUCAACGGCAGCAGGCGGACAUGGAGAUUGAGGUGUUGAAAGGAGAGGCGAGACGACGCUCAAGGGAGCUCAGAAAGCUGAAAGGCGAACUGUCAUUGCAACAAAGGAUUGACGAGCUGCUCAAGGAAAGGCUUCAGGCAGUCCAGCCAAAGGCCAGCAAACGCAAGGCAAAGGUCAGAUGGGCCGAAGCAAGAGUUAUGCUGCAGGAAGAAGGCGCAGGCGAUGAGGGGGCGAUUUUCAGCUCUACCAACGACCCGGAAGGCUAUUUGAAGCUCGUUUCGGCACUAUCGCAACGCGUCGACGAAGCCGAAAGUCAGUUUGGCAGAACACAUCAACAGCUGGCAGAUGUCCGGGGCACGACCACCACUCUUCAGGCGACAAUCGAGCAGCUUGAAUCACAACGCGGCCAGCUGGAGCAAGAGAGGCAGCAGCUCUGGGAGAACUUGAAGGCCCGUCGGCACUCAGAAGAGGGGACCAGACAAGCAAACGCUGCUCUGGAGGAGGGGCUCGAGAACAACGAAGAGCUAGGAGAGAUGGACGGCGAUAUGGAGGAGAUGGACGAAGUGACCCGGAAAACAAAGGAGGAGCUCGAGAAGAAGAAGGAAGAGCUCGAGGAGAAGAGAAAAGCACUUGACGACUGCCGCGCCCACGACAAGAAACUCGAGGCGGAGCUUGCCGCCUUGGAGGCACGCCGAGAUGGCGAAAGCGACGGCGACGACAGCCAGGACGAAGACCUCGGCAAAGAAAUCGACAGGCUCGAGGAGAAGGUUGCCGACUUGCAGCGACAACUGAGCGCGGCCAAUUACAAAGCCAGCAAAGAGGCGGAAAGGCGCCACGAGGUAGAAGAGAAAGGGGUCUGGGAAGGCACCCGCGCGGCCGCGCUGAGGUCCAAACAGACCGAGCUGGAUAACUUGAGGAAGGAAUACGACGAAGAAAAGAAGAUCUAUGAGUGGGAAAUUGAGGAUCUCGCGACGCGUCUCGAUAACCGCGUCGACGCGGACAACGCCGAGGUGAAACGCUUCAGGGUCUGGCACAAACAUGUUGUUGACGGACUCGAGGCCCGGCUCAAAAUGGCGGAAGACGAGGGUCGUGGCCACGCGUCCGAAAUGGCGAGGAUCAAGUUCGAGCACACACAGGCUACUGAAAAACUCAAGGCCCAGCUCGACGUUUCGGAUAAGAUAAUAGCAAAGCUCCAGGAUGAGCUGUAUGACGUCCCGCACACCGAGGCGCUCCUAAAGAAGAGACCCUGCGAUGCAGGCACGCAGACGAACGGGGGGCCACACGCGGAGGACAUGACGCCGGUGGCCCAAGUAUCCCAUGGCCCGACGGGGGCAUACUUGAAGGCAUAUUUCACGUUCAAGAAAAGCAUCGAAUCGGGUCUGCGCUUGCAGGACACCGCGACCGGGUUGCAGAAUUAUCAGCUUCGUAUCGUCGAGAAACUAGAUCAGGAGCUUGCCCGCCGCAUCAGCCUUUCGCGGAUCGCAAGGGCCUCGGAAACCCCGACGCCCAACCGCCCCGAGACGCUCGACAGCACGACGGAUGACGCGUCGCGUUCAUCUCCCCCAGGCGAUCAGGUGCCCGAUUCGCCCACCACCGAAUCCUCCUCCGACGAGGAGGAUGAGCGCGCCGCGACCUUGCGCGGUAUCAAGGAAACUUGCGAGGAGUUCGAGGUCCUGAGACAGCGAAAGCAGCGGUUCCGAGACGACGAGGCUUCCGCCAUCCAGCUGGUGUGCGCACUCGAGGCCGAGAUCGAGGCCCUCAAAAAGAGGCUCGACGGCGCGGACGAUUCCGACGAGAAGAAGACGGCCGAGCCGGACGACGGCGGCGAGGAACCCAGCGAUGACGAAUCCGACAAUGGCGAAGAAGACCCAAAGGACCCCGCCGCAAUCCGCAGGCGGAUCGCCAGGCUCAGGAAGAAGGUCAGCAAGACCCAGACGAACCUGAAGAAGGACGAAGAGGCCCUUCGGAGUGCCAUCGACGAGCAUGAGGGGGAGUUGGCCGAGUGGAUCGAGGACCUGGACGACCUCGACGACGACCCAGAGCGGACCCUCUACCGCUACCUUGCAAACGGGACAUGGCAUACGGCAAAGGCCGGCUACUGGAAGGGUACGACUUGGGUGCACCCGCUGCCGCUGCCGUCUGGGGAGGUAAUCCACGCGUUACUCAAAGGGAUGAUCCUGCAGAGGGAAAGGCUCAGAGUCGACGGCUUCCCUGAACUCGACUCGUUCAUCGAUAACGGCGACAUCGAGAAACGGCCCCGCCGCCAGCGGCCUCAAGAGGCGCUCGUGCGCCGCAUCCAGGAGAAGUUGGGCAGCCUCCGCUCCUAUGCGGAAGCCUGCGAGAAGGAUUUGGAACGCAUCAGCCGCGUCGUGGAGGACUCGGUGCCCGUCGACGACCCCGUGCCAAGGGUCCGGGCCCGGAGCCGGAGGCCGACACUCCCGUCGCAGUCUCGGACCGUGACCCUCGACGAGGGUGUCGAGGACGGAGGGGGAGGAGGAGGAGGAGAGUACGCGGACCGCCGCGACAUCGUGUACGAUGACGCCGCCAGCGAACCGACAUCCGUCGCUUCCGGCGACCUCUCCGGCGACGACGGCAACCCGAAUCGCAUGCUGAAGUCCGUCAUCCCAACAACCGUCCAUGAUGCCCUGAGCCAUUGGAAAAAGACGAUGGAUAAGAUGCUGGAAAAGACGGAGACGCUCCAGAGCGCGGUCGAGGGGCUCAUCGACGCCGGCGUCAACUCGCGAGACUACGACUGCGUGCGCAGCAGGGUCCGGCGCCUCCGGAAGGACCUCGCCGAGGCCGCCGCCACAAACGCGGACCUCAGGGCCAGAUUGUCCAAGGGCUCGGUAGAAGGCACGGACAGCGAGCUCCAGGAGAUGGUCAGGACCCUCAGGCACGAGAACAGCAGCCUGCAAGAGCGGUCGCGGGUCGCCGACCAGGCGGUCAGGGACAGGGCCGCGCAGGAGGCGCGCCAGAGGCAGCUCGAGAAGGACCUCAUCGCCGCGAGGGCCAGGGCGGAGGUGGAGAAGACCAAAAACAGGACGCUGGCCGGCGAAAAGGAGCGGCUGGAGAAGGCGGUCAAGCUGAUGGAGGAACUCAAAGACAAGGCCAUCCGCGACGGCCUGGACAGGGAGAUGCGCGAGACGGUGUACAACCACGAGGAGCUCAUGAAGGAGGCGGCCGGGCUGAAGAAGGAGGCCGCGGACCUGAGGGAGAAGCUCUCGAACGAGCUCCUGACGAGGAGCGCGCCGCUCGAGACGGCGCAGAUGGUCAUCGAGGGGAUGGCAGGCCGGCUCCGCGAAGCCGACAGGCGGGCGGAGGUGGCGGAGGACAUGCGCGCGACGCUGGUGACGGGCAUCGAGCGGGCGCUCGGCAUCGACGCGGAGGACGACGCGAGAAGCCUGGAGAGGAUGCGACGGGUGAUAUCCAACAUGCUCUGCCGGGGGCCCGAAGAGACGGACAGCCAGAGCGGCGAGGGCGCCGGAGACGAGAAGAAGCAGAAGGGCGAGUACGAGAGGGCGAUGGAGGAAUACAGUCCGAACACGGGGCGGGAGCACGAGCUGGUGCGGAAGAUGGUGGACGAGAGGAAGAAGGGAGCGGAGGCCCUCGCCGCGGCGAAGAAGGCGCACGAGGAACGCACCAGCAGACGGCACGCCGAGCACGAGAGGCAGGUCAGGGACUUGCAGGCCAUGUACGAGGCGGCCGAGAAGGCGCGCAAGCUGUGCGAGACCAACCUGACGGACGCCCUCGAACGGAUCCAGGUUCUGGAGGUCGAGGCGGGCCAGCUGAGGCGGGCGAACGGCGCGCUGGACAAGCGGCUCGAGGAGGAGUGCACGGCCAACCAGGAGAUGAGCGAGAAGCUGUACGGGCCGGGCUACGCGGACGGCGGCGGUGAUGCUGACGACGACAACUCCAGCGACGGCGAGGGCUCCGACGACUCGGACAACACGACCCGGGGCGGAGGGCGGUGCGCCUGUCCCUGCGUCGGGCUCUGCAACGCCAUGGAGAACCCCAUCUUCGACGGCCUCCCCGCGGGCGCGCAGGACGUCGUCCGGAACGUGAAGAGGGUGUACAGGAGGUACCGCUCGUGCUGCGGGAAGGGCGGCACCGGCACCGGGGCCGGGGCCAGCAGCGAGACGGCGGCGGGGGAGGUGGGCGACGAGGACGAGGACGAGGACGACGGGCUCCUGCUCUGGCGGCUGUUGGGGGUCAUGCGGGGCGACGUGGACAUCCGGGAGCAGAUGAGGAACGAGGGGCGGCACUACGCGGCGCGGCUGGGGCUCGCGUUCUGGGCCUGCGCGCGGGUGCACCUGCUGUCGUGGGGGCAGACGGCGGCGUGGGUGCAUGCCCGCUGCGUACUACGCGGCUUCUUUCUGCCGGAAAGGCGGUGGAAGCCCGGGUCGCCGGGGCGGGCGCCGCCGCCGCAGCGGGUGGCGACGGUGGUCAAGGACGCGGGGAUGAUGUGCGUGCUGUACUACACGUACCAGGUGCUGGCGGCGACGUGGGCGGUGCAGCGGGUCUGGGAGAUGGCCAACGGGUACACGCGGGCGUACUUUGUCGAGCGCGCGCUGCACCCGGAGCGGUCGACGUGGCUCGGGCUCGGCGGGGUGGACAUGCGGCUGCGCGGGACGGCUCCGUACAGCGCGGCCGUCGGGGAGGGGGCGGAGUGGUGGUGGGUGGGUAGGUCAUGA